AUGGACUCAAUGGACAAAAUAUUUCACCCCAGCCUGGCGGCGGCGCUGAUGAAGCUGGAUCCCGAAGACGGCGAGAAAAUGAUGGAGUAUUUCCAAACCCACGCGCUGCUAGCCAGAGAGAAAUCCCUCCUGCAGGCGUCGGUACGCGAGCAGAAGAAGCUGCUGGUGGAAAACGGGAAACUGAAGAAGGACAUCGAGCAGCUAAGGAAAGAGCUCCACGACAAACAAAGGAGACGCGUCGCUAAAGCCCUCCUCUCGCUGAGCAAACCUGCCGACCCACCUUCGCCGACUCCCUCGAACGAGCUCGAAGCAGAACGCGGACGAAAAGGAACCAAAAUGGCGGACGUGUCGCAUCUGAACCUGCGAGUAGGGCGGAUCCUCAGCGUCCGCCGCCACCCGCUGGCAGCCAAUCUGGCCGUUCAAGACGUGGACUUGGGGGAGAACACCCCGCGCGUUGUCGUCAGCAAGUGGCGCUCAGACCACCUCGUCGGUUCGUUAGCCGUGUUGCUCUGCAACGUCAAGGCCGGGAAAGUCAAGGGCGUGGCUUCGCAGGCCCGGCUCCUGCGAUGCUUUCACCCUGACGGGCCCUUCGAGCUGCUGGCCCCGCCUCCAGGCUCCGCCCCAGGGGACAGAGUCACCUUCCCAGAUUUCCCAGGGGAACCGGAACGUGAGCUGCGGCCCAAACGGCGCUUGUGGGAGCGUGUUCAACCCGGAAUGCAUGUGGAUGCGAGGGGCGUGGCCAACUACCAGGGCUGCGACCUGCAGGUGAAGGGCAAAGGCCCGUGCAAAGCGCCGUCCCUCACCGACUGCGCCAUCGGUUGCACGUAA